ACCGUCGGUCUGGCCGAAGGUUCGUCAUGACGACCGAAGCUGCUCUCCGGCUGGGCCUCUGGGGCCUUUGUCUCACCGGGACGCUUCUUGGGAAUGGAUUGGGAGCUGAAAUGCAACUUGCUGACCCUCCGCCAGUGAGCUGCGCUUGGAGCCGCUGGUCCGAGUGGAGCUCGUGUGACGCUUGCACGAAUGUCAGACGGCGUUCCCGAAGUGUGGAAGUGUUCGGCCAGUUUGGUGGCGGGUCAUGCCAGGGCUCGCUGGGGGACCGGGAGGCCUGCAGAACGGAUGCUCAAUGCCAGCGACCGCCUCCCCCUUUGUGCUCCGACUCCGAGUUCCAGUGUGAAUCAGGUUCCUGCACCAAGAAGAGACUUCAGUGCAACGGGGACUACGACUGCGAGGACGGCACGGACGAAGACUGCGACCCUCUUCGUCGACCCUGUGGAUCGGUCGUCCUGGAGAACAACGAACAAGGCCGGACGGCAGGAUACGGAAUCAACAUCUUGGGUGCAGAUCCUCGAAUCAACCCCUUCAACAACGAUUUCUUCAACGGGAGGUGUACGCGAGUGAGGAACCCGUACACGUUGAAGCACGACCGGCUUCCCUGGAACGUGGCCGUGCUCAAUUACGAGACCAAAGUGGAGGAAACCGCCUCCAGAGAGAUCUACGAAGACACGCACAGCCUCCUCAAAGAGUUGCUCACGGAGAUGAGCGUGAAAGUCGACACCGGGCUUUCCUUCAAGUUCACCGCGAGCGAGCCGUCCAUGGCCGAGUCGUCCGACGCUUCUUCGAAGAUCAGUUUGGACUAUCAAUACGAGAAGAAAACCAUGAUUAAGGAGGUGUCGGAGUACUCCAAUAUCAAGAACAAGAGCUUCAUGCGGGUGAAGGGCACGGUGCAGCUGAGCACCUACAGGAUGCGCUCUCUGGAUCUCAAAAUGGCCGACGAAUUCCUGCAGCACGUCGCAUCUCUGCCCCUGCAGUAUGAGAAGGGGAUCUACUUCGCCUUCCUGGAGAGCUACGGGACCCACUACACCAAAAACGGGAGGUCCGGCGGCGAGUACGAGCUGGUCUACAUCCUCAACCAGGACACCAUCAAGACCAGGAAUCUGACGGAGCGAAUGGUUCAAGAAUGCAUGAAGAUCGGCAUCUCGUCAGACUUCGGGACCUCCGGCGCGGUCGAGGGCCGGGCCGGAACCGACGGAUGCGACGCGGUGACCAACAAGAGAGAAGUCGGCGCCCACGGCAAAGCGACGGUGGACUUGGUGCUGACGUCCGUCAAGGGAGGAACUCUGGAGAGCGCCGCCGCCAUGCGGGCCAAGCUGAAUAAGGACGGAGCGAUGGACCUCGCCACCUAUCAGAACUGGGCCCGCACCGUUGCCGACGCCCCCGCGCUGCUCUACAGCGAGCCGGAGCCCAUCUACAUGCUGGUUCCGUUGGACAUGCCGGACGCUAACUCCAGGAUACUGAACCUGAAGCGGGCCACCGCCGACUACGUGGCGGAGUACAACGUGUGCAAGUGCAACCCGUGUCACAACGGAGGCACCCUGGCCCUGCUGGACGGGAAGUGCAUGUGCCUGUGCCCCCACCUGUACGAAGGCCGGUCCUGCCAGAACCUCAAGAGCGACAAAGCUCAGAACCCGGGUACGAGACCGAGAGCUAAUCAUGAAGGGAACUGGUCCUGCUGGUCCAGCUGGUCCGCCUGUAGAGGGGCGAAGCGGACCAGAACCCGGGGCUGUAACACAGUCGGGCUCGUGGGAGCCGUGUGCAGGGGAGACACCAGCAGUGAAGAGCACUGCUAG